AUGAUGAAAACAUGCCUAUUUUCGUAAAAUGGCUGGGAUGGAUUUAAAAACAGCCACAUCGACGAUGGAAGCAUUGGCUCGUAUCAGUUCUAACAUGAAGAGCCUGGAGCGUGAGCUGCAUUGUCCUGUGUGUAAGGACAUAGUCAAACAGCCCGUGGUCCUGCCAUGCCAGCACAGCGUCUGCCUCAUGUGUGCCUCGGAGGUCUUAGUCGCAAGCGGCUACCCGCUUCCGGAGCUUCCCCCGGAGCCAAACUCCCCAGCCUCCACACCCAACACCCGCUCACCCCGCCAGGCCCGCAGGCCUACACCUAAAGCUGAGCAGCGGCCUAUUGACCGUGUGCUGCGUGCAGGUCCCCACCCGCCUUCCCCAUCCAUGCCCCGGUCUCCGGGAUAUGGGACGUAUCCAGGGCGACGGCGCAAAGAGGGCCCGCCCCUGGUGAUGAUGUUCCCCUGUGUCCCCUGUGGCCGAGAUGUGGAGCUGGGAGAGAAGGGCCUCACCGACUGUCUGCGCAACCUCACCUUGGAGCGUAUAGUGGAGAGGUACAGACACACAGUGAGUCUGGGCAGUGUGGCUGUGAUGUGCCAGUUCUGUAAGCCUCCGCAAGCUCUGGAGGCCACAAAGGGCUGCGCCGACUGCAGAGCCAAUUUCUGUAACGAGUGUUUCAAGCUGUAUCACCCGUGGGGGACGCCACGGGCACAACAUGAACAUAUCCAGCCUACACUCAACUUCAGACCAAAGGUUCUGACAUGUCCGGAGCACGACCAGGAGAAACUGCAGUUCUAUUGUAGGUCCUGUCAGCGGCUGCUCUGCCCUCUCUGCAAACUGCGCCGCGUUCACACCGGACACAAAAUCCUGCCAGUGGCCCAUGCAUACCAAGCCCUGAAAGAGAAGAUUACGAAGGAGAUGAACUACAUUCUGGCCAACCAGGACACAGUUCUGGGUCAGAUUACCCAGCUGGAGAGUUCCAUCACUCAGACUGAGGUAAACAGCGUGGCAGCCAGAGAGCAGCUGGCUCAGAGCAUCAGGGAUCUGACGGCCGCUCUCGCUGAGCGCCACUCUUCGCUCACCCAGGCUCUGGAGGCGGCGCGGCAGAAAAGAGGCGAGGCAUUGGCUGCUCAGGUGGCAGAGAGACGGGGCUUGAUGGAACACGCCGGGCUCAUGGCAUUCAGCCAGGAGCUGCUGAAAGAAACAGACCAGCCCUGCUUUGUACAGGCCGCCCGCCAGACUCACAACAGGCUGAGCAAAGCCAUUGAGAAUCUCCAGCAUUUCACUCUGGAUGCUGAUCCAUCCUUCAGACACUUCCAGCUGGACGUCUCCAAAGAACUCAAACUCCUGACAGAGUUGAACUUCAUCCAGGCUCCCCUGGCUCCAGUGAUCGAUACCCAGCGCACCCUGGCCUACGAUCAGCUCUUCCUGUGCUGGCGACUCCCCCAGGACUCUGCACCGGCCUGGAACUUCUCUGUCGAGUAUCGCCGUCGGGGUGUAGUUCCAGGAGGAGCCUCUAGAGGUGGGAUCAGAGGAGGAUUGGCUGCUGCCCGCUGGGGCUGGCAGCGAUUGGAUGAAGUGGGUGGGAGCAGCGCUGUGAUCGACAGGUUGGAGAUGGACAGCGUGUACGUGCUGCGUGUGAGAGGCUGCAACAAGGCGGGCUACGGGGAGUACAGUGAGGAGGUGUACCUGCACACCCCGCCUGCACCUGUGCUCAACUUCUACCUGGACUCCCGCUGGGGUCUCCAUGCCGACCGGCUGGUGGUCAGUAAAGAGCAGCGCUGUGCUCGCAGCGUCCCCGGUCUCUCUCUGUUGCAGGCCGCUGACCACGCCCUCACUUCCUGUCACCUGACCUCGGACCUCCUGGUGGGCGAUGUGGCUAUUACACAGGGACGACACUACUGGGCAUGCUCAGUGGAGCCUGGGUCUUACCUAGUGAAGGUGGGAGUUGGUCUGGAAUCCAAACUGCAGGAGUGGUUUCACCUUCCACAAGACAUGGCCAGUCCUCGCUAUGACCCAGACAGUGGUCAUGACAGCGGGGCUGAGGAUGCCCUGGACUCUGCUCCACCAUUCUGCUUCCUCACUAUGGGCAUGGGUAAGAUCUACUUGCCCCAGCACAGCUACCAUCACCACGGCAACCAGGGGAACGGCAUCCGAGAGCCCAUCAGCAACGGCCCCUCCUCACCCACAGGCCUCACCUACCCGCUGCCUCCCCGGCUUGGUGUGUGCCUUGACUUUGAGAAGGGUCGCGUCACCUUCUACGAUGCCCACUCUCUGCGACCCCUGUGGGAAGGUCACGUGGACUGCUCCGGCCCCGUGUGCCCGGCUUUCUGCUUCAUUGGUGGAGGAGCGCUGCAGCUGCAGGAGCUGGUAGCCAAUCGAAAUGCGGAUCAGACUCCGGUCAGAAGGGUAACGAUUCAAACCCGUGUCUCUAAUUUGAAUAACAACUGAUCUGAGGUCAUAUGGUAAUUUGGAAUGUAAUUGGUAAUUGUGAAGUAUUUACUCAGCUAGAGCGAAAAGUUAGAUAUCUCAGCGAUUUUGUUUUGUAUUUAAUUUUCUUUGUAUAAGAAAAUGUUUGUAUAGCGACAAAUAUGCAAUGUAAUUAAGUUUUUUACAUUUUUGUUAUAUGCAGUUUUGCAAGAAUUAUUGCUUAAGUAGUGUCUGGUGUAUCCAGCACUUAACAUGUAAUUAUAUCUUUGAUGCUUGCACUUGUAGCCAGGCUAUAUUGCAUAAAUUUAUAAAGCUAAUGUAGAUACAGCACCACAAAGUUUGUCCUCCCUGUAGAGAUCACUUCAUGUCCUUUAUGCUAAAAUCUUAAGCUUAUGUUUUAGAGAUAUGAACAUUAUGUGAGAAAAAAAAAAGGCCUCAGCUAUUUUAUUGCAUCUAUAACUAAACUUAACCACACAGAGUUCUCUGCUGUUGGUGAAAACUUUCUAGUCGUUCACCAAUUAUGAGCCCAACCAAAGUUAUUGUUUUUCUGGGAUGUCAUUGUGGUAAAUUAGAGGUAGAGAGGAACAAUGAGGCGAUACUGUAAUUAGAAGCUCCAAUUAUACCUCUGCAGCACAGCUAAUCACUAGUUUCCGCAGUUCUGUUUGUGCAUUGCUAUUUUGUAUUUUAAAUACACGAGGGCGAUGUCCG